CUGAACAUGGCAGCUUCAGGAGCCGCCGGUUCUCCCAGCAGGUUGGUGCAGUAUGUUGUUGUCCGGUCGGACCUGGUUCAUAAGCUCUCGUGGCCCCUGGGAGCCGUGAUAACUCAGGCCUGUCAUGCUGCUACUGCCGCCAUCCACCUGCACUACGGGGAGCCGGACACCCAGCAGUAUCUGGCCGAGCUGGACUCUAUGCACAAAGUAGUGCUGGCGGCUCCAGAUGAAGCCGCUCUGUCCGGUCUAUCGGAGAAUCUAACACAAGCCGGCGUUUCACACAAGCUUUGGAUCGAGCAGCCGGAGAACAUCCCCACCUGCUUGGCUCUGAGGCCGUACCCCAAAGAGACUGUCCAUCCGCUGCUACGCAAAUUCAAACUCUUCAAAUAACCAAUAACCUGGAAAGAUAAAACGUCUGCAGAGAACGUCAUGACAGCGGCGAAGGAAGCGGCGGAGGCAUGAUCACGAUAUCUGAUGUCAUCUGCAAGAAAGAGGAGAUGUGAGAGUCGUGCUCUGGCUGGAAGAUAUGAAGGACGAAAAAUGACAUAAUAAUAAAUAAAUACACAUAAAUAUGAAAAAUGCAUAAUAAAUAAAUACAUAUAUUUUACUCAUUAACAUAAGGAGACAGAAAUACAGAAAUAAAUGUAUAAAUAAAUAAAUACACAAAUAAAUACAUGUAGAAAUGUAAAAUUUGCCUUUUUCACGACUAAAAAAUAU